UACAACAAUGUCUGGAAUGGGAGCAGGUAAUGGUCCUCAAUCUGAAGAUCAGAAACCCAACAUGGCUGAUCAGUCUCAAUCAAACCAACUCAAUAUCAAGGUCAAGAACCAGGAAGGGAAUGAGGUGUAUUUCAGGAUUAAACGUAAUACCCAGCUCUGCAAGCUCAUGACAGCUUAUUGUGACCGACAGUCGUUGGACCCCAAGUCCAUUGUGUUCGUGUUCGAUGGACGCCGUAUUCACGCGGAACAAACCCCAGAUCAACUUGGCAUGGAGGAUUGUGAUGAAGUUGAUGCCAUGCUGCAUCAGACUGGUGGUGGUGGCUUUGGAGACAUAUGACUUGGAAUAACUUGGAAGCUUAGAACAGUUAAUAGCUUGAAAUGCUUUAGGUUUGGUAUGCAUGCAUGCAACACCUUCGAAG